AUGGACAACCUGGAAAACUUUUGGUCUGCAGUUGAUGGGCACCCGAGCUUGACACAUCAUAUCCGAAGCAAACCGGGUUACAAGCGGACACUCGUCCCGUUGGGACUCCACGGAGAUGGAGUCCCAUUAACGGGACGAGGCAAGGUCUGGCAGCAAGGGUUUACAAACUUCAGCUUUUUCAGUUUGGUGGGCCAAGGAAACACCGGCGAGCUUCUAUUCUACAUAUGGGGCUUAUUCGAGAAGUUGAAAUAUUUGGAGCAUGAAGCCAACUCCACACUGACCCGUGCCUUUGCAAUUCUUCGCUGGUCUUUCCAAGCCCUCUUUGAGGGGGUAUGGCCGAGCAGGAACCAUCUGGGAGAAUUGUUCCCUGCCAAUUCUCAAGCUGGCAAGAAAGCGGGGCAGCGACUGGCUGGGCCAUACAGUGCAGUGUUUUUCGCUUUACUCGGCGACCUCGACUUCUAUGCUGGUACGAUGGGGCUCCCGAGAUCCUCCCUGGCCUCGGGGCCUUGCUGGUUAUGCAGGUGUCAGAAAUGGGGGGCUCAGAGCUGGCAAAAUUUUAGAAGAGAUGCCCCUUGGAUUCAGACAAUGUGGUCGGCACAAGCUUGGAAAAACUGGGCUGGGAAGUCGCCCUGCGAGCUCUUCCGUCUGGAUUGGUUCUCGGCUUUGAACAUAGCCCCAGAUUACAUGCACAAUAAAUAUCUGGGGGGGGAUCAGUUCUUUUAUGCAAGUAUACUGUACUUAUUGACACACCACCUGCUCCACUCGGAUGAACACCAGAACAUGCUCCAGGUGUGGAAAGAAAUUCAAGAAGUAUAUCGGUCGGAGGAGAUUCCCUGCAGAUACAGGUACUUGAAUACCGUUCGCAUGUUCCUGCGAAGGAACAACACUUUGAAGCUCAAAGGCAAAGCCUCGGAAAUCAGAUUUCUUCAUUUGCCACUGCUCAGGGUAUGGGAGGCACACAUGGUGCCUGGUGUCCAGGUGCAUCGGAAGAUACACUUGGCUUUGAAGCUGAAUGCCUUGUUGGAGGGCUUGCUCAUCGACUUCAAGGGCUUUGUCGCUCUGCCACCACAGGCAGCACAGCAAUUUGAGGAAGCAAUGUCAGCUUUUUUAUUGCUCGUCUCAGAGCUCAAGGCGCACUUUGAAGACGACGACAACGAUAUACGGCUCUUUACUACCACUGAAAAGCACCACUUCUUGCAACACACGGCGAAAUUUUCAGCUACAAUCAACCCCCGGAUGCUGUGGGCAUUCGCCGGGGAGGAUCAACAGCGACGAGCUCAAACCUUGGCCCAUGCAGGGACUUGGACCAUCAAAAGCGUCCAUCAAGAUCGCCCGUCGGUACAGGCUUGCCCUCCACCUGCUUUUCAAGUCGCACAGGCAGUGAGAAAGAAUCUGUCUCAGAAAGCCUUUGAGCCGUAG